UGUGCCGAUCCAAGCACAUGGUUAAAGCAAAGAAGUUGGUUGAAAAAGCGAAAGCACGGAGCAAGUGCCAAAGUCCCGCUGAAUCUGUUACACCACUGAGACGAUCAACCCGACAGCAGGCCAAAUCUGAUGAGAAAUAUCAUGGGGCUGAGAAUUUGGCAACUAAUUGGAAUACAAGUGCAGACAGUGACUCUGUCAGUACAAUUGAACACGGAAAGAAAUCCAAGAAAUUGAGGAAUUUAAGUGAUCUUUUGGGAAAGAAUCCAGGUGGCAUAUCAACAACCAAGAGGACUGUAGCUGAACUCAAGGUUGCUUCCAUAUUUUGUGGUAAAAAAACAGUCAAAAAUGUGCCAUCGGGACCAAUCACCAUUGACGACGAUAACAGUUGUAAUGGCUCCGAAAACUCUCAGGAGACUGAACAACUUAGAGCUAAGCGUCAGUUUCUGAUGAGUGGAUUACCAGAUACGUUGAAAAAACACAUAGCAAAGACAGCAGCAGUGGUAGAGGUCUGCUCUGCUGCAAGCACUGCUUUCCAAACUGUUAUUCAUGUUCAGCAAAAAAGUCAAGUUUCAUUGUUAUGGGAUCUAGCUUGGCCCAAGUCUGCUAUUCUCAGCCACCUCCGGGAUAUGAACGAAGGAAUAGAAAGAAUUCUGAAAGACGCCAUUACGCUUGGAGAUUUCUCUGAAAUGAAGUACACAUUCAACACUGCUGCAUCUUGGACUGGGCUAUCUACCUCGAGGACAGAAUUCUCCCAGGACAUCCAGAAGUGCUUACUUGAAGAGAUUAGGUCAUCCAAUCCAGAGUUUCCUGUACGAAAACUUUUUAAACCAUUACUGCAAAAACGAAAUGAACAUCUUGCACAGACUGUCAAAGCAGGACCCUCAAAUAAAUUGGACAUUUCUGUGAUAGAGAUAGAUACUGAGCCUCAACAAAUGUUACCUCUGUGCAGCAGUUCACAACAAUCUUUCAGCAAAAGGAAGAGAAAGAAAGAAAGACAACAACAGAAACAAAAGAGGAGGAAAACACUUGACGGUGACCUGAGCUCAGUUAUUUUCCCUGGGGAUGAAUGCACUCCAGCAAUGUCUGCACUAUGUGAGAAAUCCACGAAGAGAAACAGCAAGGGUGCCCAAACUCUGAAUGAUGUGUCUGUUUCCAAAACUAGCCUCAGGCGAGCGGUUAAGCAAAAGCACCAAGAGUUGAAAUGUAAAACUGGAGCAGCAGAAAUACAGAAUAUGACCGCUGUAUCACGAGUUCCUGAACUAACUGACCAACCAAAGAUGGGGGAAACUGCUACUUCUGAUGACCCAGUCAAGGAAGAUCUGCUAUGGACAGAGCAAUACCAGCCGCAGCACUCCAGUGAACUUGUGGGAAAUCUCAAUGCUGUCAGGAAAUUACGCAGUUGGUUAAUGGAAUGGAAGAAGAGAGCUGAUAAAGAAGAAAAGAAAAAACUGAAGGAGAAAAAGACUGAAAAAGACAAGAAAUUGGAUGUUUGGGACAAUAGUGACUUUAAUUUGGAGAGUUCCGAGGAUGAGGAUUUUUUGUGCAAUACCGUGCUAAUUACAGGACCACCUGGAGUUGGGAAAACUGCUGCAGUUUAUGCUUGUGCUCAGGAGUUAGGUUUUAAGGUAUUUGAAGUAAAUGCUUCAUCUCAGCGAAGUGGCAGACAGAUUCUGUCUCAACUAAAAGAAGCCACGCAGUCUCACCAAGUUGAUAAACAGGGAACAAAUGCCCUAAAGCCUGCCUUCUUCAACAGCAACAGGUUUCAGUCUUCACAAACAACCAAAUCUCCAAAAAAAGCUCACUCGCCCAAAAAAGUAGUCUCAUCGCCCAGGAGGGCACCCCAAUCCCCAAAGGGAAGGAUUUCAAAGAAGAACUUAACACCGAAUUCUUUAGCCAGUUUCUUUAAAGGCCUCUCAAAACAGAACAAAACUGAAGAAGCAGGAAAUCUUGAAGAUAAGGAGAUGAAGGAGAAGCCACGGAAGAAUUCUAAGGCCCAGAAGAGCAGCCUUCAAAUUGUGGAUGUAACUAGGGACGACUCCUUGUCUGAAAACAAGGAAACUGGCCCUGAAGAAUCUAGCAAAAAAAGUGCCACAUCACUCAUCCUUUUUGAGGAGGUGGAUGUAAUAUUUGAUGACGAUGCUGGAUUUCUAAAUGCAAUUAAGACCUUCAUGGCAACUGCAAAGCGGCCAGUUAUACUCACCACCACUGAUCCUAACUUCAGUUUAACAUUUGAGUGCUGCUUCGAAGAAAUCUGCUUCAAAGUGCCAUCUUUGGCAAAUGUUGCCAGCUACUUACAGCUCUUGUGCCUAGUUGAGAACUUAAGGACUGAUGUGAAGGACCUCACUGCACUACUUGCUCUCAAUAACUGUGACAUACGACAGAGCAUCCUUCACCUGCAGUUUUGGGUGCGAAGUGGAGGUGGCUACCAAGUGGAUAAGCUUCUCCCUGCUCAAGGAAUAAGUAUGGCUCCAGGCCCAGCUCAAGAAGAAUUGGUCGGAAAUGCAGUUGCUGCCAAAGAUGCCCUGGAGGAUUUGCCAGAGAGCAGCUCCAUUAUGAAGAUGGAGGAUGUUCCCAAAUGCAGCACAGGAUGCACAGAGAGCCUGCUUGGUUUCACAUACUUUACUGGACCUUCAAGCAAUCUCUUUUCCAUGUUCAAGCAAGAGGUCAUUUCACUGGAGCAAUGGAGAAGUCAAGUGCAUAUCCUCCUGGAGUUUCAAAGGAGACAGCUAGACUUUGUAUUCCAUAAUUUGCAGUUUCUUCUGCCUCUGCCAGUCCGAAUAGUUCCUGAUUUAAAGAGGCCUGAAAAUCUAAUAUCUGAACACACUGAGCCUUCCAUCAGUAAACCCACACAGACAGCUGGAAGAAUUCUUCAGGGAGCUGACAUAUCUGUUGAUGCCAGCACUGUAAAAAUUUUGGACAAAACAAAGCAUCACAGAAAAGUCAUGUUGUUUGAUGACAGUGAUCUAUUUGACACAGAUGAGAGCGAUACCUUUGUGACUUUACCAAAUGAUAUUCCUACCUCACCUUGUGUUGCUGAUAAAGCAGCAGAAAACCAAGCCAGUGGAGUGAGUGGGGGUAGUCCCUCCAGGAAAGAGACUGAUUCCUCCAGAGUCAUUGAAAGGAAGCCAAGGACAUCAGCAGAACAAAAGUGUAGUGAGUUGGUAUCUUUGUGUCUUGGAUCGCUAGCUGAGUUCACAGACAAUAUCUCAUUCUUGGACUGCUGCCUGCACACACGUGUGGUUGAGACAGAGGGUUCGUGUGGACAGAGUGGUUAUUACUGGGCUGCCGCGAAAAUUAAAAACGGCAUGUUGGAUGAGAGAAGGGCUGAGUCAGGAGAUUGGUGGUCUACCCACAGCUUUUUGGAAAUUAGAGCAACUGUGGAAGCCUUGAGCUGGAAGAAGUGUCAGUCGCAGAUUCACCAAUCCAUGGAGUCAGCAGUUACCAAGUGCAAGCAGCCUGAGGAAAACCCAGUGGAGAAGCUCACUCUUCACAUUCCAAAUCACCAAAACAGUAAUGCUUUAUUCACACAAUGUCCGCAUUAUCUAGCAAGCAUUGCAUCUAAAAGAAUUGAGGUGCUCAAAACUGUAUUCUCUAGCAAGGCAUUUGUAAAUCUGGGUAACAGACGAGCAAGCGCUGUGGAGUAUCUGCCAUCUCUCCGCACUAUUUGUAAGACAGAGAAACUGAAAGAACAAGGCAAACUAAAACGCAGAUUUUUGCAUUAUUUGGAUAGUGUGCACUUGGAGCUGCCUAAAAGCACUCUGAAAGCCCUUGCAACUAGUUUUCCAUGAAGAUUUCAACUUGAUUCAUUGUAUAGCGAAUUACUAUAUUCGCAGCAGACUGUAUUACAGGGGUAUUUUCCUCCUGGCUUUUUACUUCAUAAUUGUGUCCACUGUGUAUAUGUGUGUUUUGUGGAGACAUUUUUGUACAGUAAAGUGAUGUGAAAGUGUGUAGGGAAAUGUUGGGUUAUCUUAAUUUAAUUACAGUGGGAAACUGAAUCUGCUGUCUAAGAAUGUAAAAAUCUAAUGCAAAAUAAUUUUGAGUGCCUGAAGUCAAUCUGUAACACUUCUGGAGAACUAACCAACUCUGCCCUCCUAUUUUGGUAGUAUUUGUUUAAUAGAUACCUUCUUCUAUCUCACCCAAUAAUCCACAUGAGUCAAAAGGGGGUAUUAUUUGACUGAAUCAUUGCAGCCAAGGCAGUCCUGUGCUAAUCUAUCAUUGGCACUUCAUGCAGACUGGCAUGGGCCACUGAAUAAUAUUCCUCCUCCCUGCCACACACCCCCUCCCCUCUCCCAGAUCAGGCUGAUGAAAGUAUUUUAACUACAUAAACAGUUUUGAUUUUCCCUUCCUUCCUUCUGUUCUAUGCCUCGCAAUAUUUUUGAUCCAAAGAUGCAUAUCUUGGUUUAUAAAUCUUCCAUGAGUGUUAUAAAGAUGACCAGUUUCAGACAACAGUGAGAUCAGAUAAGUGUCUUGGUGGCAAAUGGCUGACCCAAAGCAACUUGUAACUGCCCAGCUGUGGAGUGUGACAGCCUCAUUAGGAUACUGAGGUGAAUGUUGUCAUAAAUCAUGAAUGGCUAUAAUCCAUCCUGUGUUCCACUAAAGCUUUUUAUUGUUACAAUUUUAUAUUACAUGAAUCUUACGAAGGAUGGUGUACCCUUGUAUUGCAUAGUGUGACUGUAUACCCUAUUUUGCCGUAGGAUAUGGAAUAAAAUAAAUCGAAGAAAUGCUGGUAACCGGCAAUCUCCAA